GACUUGGCUUUUACUCUGGAAGAAAGGCAGCAACUGAACAUUCAUGGGUUGUUACCACCCAGCUUCAUCAGUCAGGACCUUCAGGUCCUUCGAGUAGUGAAAAAUUUUGAACGCCUCAACUCCGACUUUGACAGGUAUCUUCUGUUAAUGGAUCUUCAAGAUAGAAAUGAAAAGCUCUUUUACAGAGUACUAAUGUCUGAUGUUGAAAAAUUCAUGCCUAUUGUGUACACUCCUACCGUGGGACUUGCUUGCCAACAAUAUAGUUUAGUCUUUCGGAAGCCAAGAGGUCUUUUUAUUAGUAUCCAUGAUCGGGGGCAUAUUGCUUCAGUUCUAAAUGCAUGGCCAGAAAAUGUUGUUAAGGCUAUCGUGGUAACUGACGGAGAGCGUAUUCUUGGCUUGGGAGACCUUGGUUGUAACGGAAUGGGCAUCCCUGUGGGGAAACUGGCGCUGUACACCGCCUGUGGAGGGGUGGAUCCUCAGCAGUGCCUGCCUGUCACUCUGGACGUGGGCACCGAAAAUGAGGAGUUACUCAGCGACCCACUGUACAUUGGACUACGGCAGCGAAGAGUGAGAGGCCCAGCGUACGAUGACUUUUUGGAUGAAUUCAUGGAAGCAGUUUCUUCCAAAUAUGGCAUGAAUUGCCUUAUUCAGUUUGAAGAUUUUGCCAAUGUGAAUGCAUUUCGCCUUCUCAACAAGUAUCGAAACCAGUAUUGCACAUUUAACGAUGAUAUUCAAGGAACAGCAUCUGUUGCAGUGGCAGGUCUUCUUGCAGCUCUUCGAAUAACCAAGAACAAACUAUGUGAUCAAACAGUACUAUUCCAAGGAGCUGGAGAGGCUGCCUUAGGGAUUGCACACCUGAUUGUCAUGGCCAUGGAGAAGGAAGGUCUAGCCAAGGAGAAAGCGGUCAAAAAAAUAUGGCUGGUUGACUCAAAAGGAUUGAUAGUAAAGGGUCGCGCUUCCUUAACACAAGAGAAAGCGAAGUUUGCCCAUGAACAUAAAGAAAUGAAGAACCUAGAAGCCAUUGUUAAAGAAAUAAAACCAACUGUUCUUAUAGGAGUUGCUGCGAUAGGCGGCGCAUUCACAGAGCCGAUUCUCAAAGAUAUGGCUGCCUUCAACCAACGCCCUAUUAUUUUUGCUUUGAGUAAUCCAACCAGCAAAGCAGAAUGUUCUGCAGAGCAGUGCUAUAAAAUAACUCAGGGACGUGCAAUUUUCGCCAGUGGCAGUCCUUUCGAUCCAGUCACUCUUCCAAAUGGACGGACCCUGUAUCCUGGCCAGGGCAACAAUUCCUAUGUGUUCCCCGGAGUUGCUCUUGGGGUUGUCGCAUGUGGACUGAGGACCAUCACAGACGACAUCUUUCUCACUACCGCUGAGGUUAUAUCUCAGCAAGUGUUAGAUAAGCACCUUGAAGAGGGACGGCUCUAUCCUCCUUUGAAUACUAUAAGAGAUGUUUCACUGAAAAUUGCAGUAAAGAUUGUGACUGAUGCAUACCAAGAAAAGACAGCCACAGUUUAUCCUGAACCACAAGACAAAGAAGCGUUUGUCUGCUCGCAGAUGUACAGCACGGAAUAUGACCAGAUUCUCCCUGCCUGUUACCCUUGGCCUGCAGAGGUCCAGAGCGUACAGACCAAAGCUGACAAGUAGUGUGAUAGCUGACAUUCUAAGCUGCACUAAAGAGCUCUUGAUGAGUUUCACAAUUUUCAAAGGUUGGAAUCUUUUAUGGUAAUUCGUCAUAGUAAUUUUAGGCUAAGAUAAUUUUAACAAUCUAAAAAUUUAUGAAUGAAGAUUAAUCUAAACUAUGGCAAAUGUUACACUAAUUUUUCUUCAUUUACCUUUUGGUUAUUUAUGAUUUCUAUCUUCCAUUUUUCCCCUAAAUUCUCCUUAAAUACUGUUGUACCUACUAUUGAGAAGCUAACCUUUUUAUAUAAGAAACUAAUGGGAAGACCAAAACUAGUUAAUAAAUUGAUAUGAUCAACAUUAAAACUCCUAAUUCUUUUACUGGCCAUUUUGUUAAAAUCUACUUUAAAAAAAAAAAAAAUAGAAAUGACUUUAGGUUUGUAUGAACUUUUUCUAAACAGAAUACUGUUUUGCUGCCUAGAAAAAAAAAUAACUUUGGAUAUAUUUUUAUUCCAGUCUUAGAUUAUAUUUAUUCUUUUUGUGCAACUGAAUUCUAACAUUUGUAACAAAGACCCCUGCUGUUUAUGACCUUGAGUCGCCUUAGGUUUUAAAAUCUUUUGUCAUUGUGUCUUACAAAGCUCUUUACACCUCGGUCCUCCGUCACAAGUGCCGAGUGUAAGCGCUGGGUUUCCCCGGCCAAAUGCCCAGGCCCUACGCUAUCACAGAGCUGCUGAUGCCCGCGGGGGCUGCGGCCCAUGCAGAGGGGAGAGGCUUCCUAUCAGCACAGCCAGGCUGUGCGGAAGGCCUUAGUCCAGGCCUCAGAGCAGGGGCUGCCUGCAGAGCCAGCCGCUUAGGACAAAGCGCUCCCAGGACCAGGAGUGAGGCCAUGGUUCCCGACACGCUGGCGGUCUACUGGAGUGACCACUUGUAGUACCCUGGGAUUGACAGUGACACCUGAGAGCUUACUGUGUCACAGUAAGUUCACUCACUUUCCUCUGAGUUUGGAAAAGGUUUUGUAACUGUGUCUCCAGAUUCAGAGAUUACCUUUCUGUCACAUACUAAAAUAUUUUAAUUACCAAGGUUAUUCUAUAAGAAAUUGUACCCCCAUUAUAUACC